GCGUUGACAGGAUAUUAAAAGGCACAGCUCGUGGCGUUGACAGAAUAUUAAAAGGCACAGCUUCGCUGUUCGAUUUCACAUAGCAGUGGGAGUAAGCGUGUAUACUAUUAUGACAUUCGAAACAGUAUUUUAAAACAAUUAACAACGGUGAGCCACGUAUUGACCAACAAUACAAUAGGUAACUGAGCUGCUCUACCCGAGAGAACACAUUAUAUCCGAUAAACACUGAACGAAAAACCUUAGUGCUUUAAUUAUUUGUGCUUUUGUGGCCACGAUUGCGUGCAGGUCUCUUUAUCUCCGCUUGGCAAUAUUCCUAUGGGACCAGCUAUCAGCGUUUGUGGAGAUCUAUUCUAACUGGUGAGGUUAAUGCAGUGAGAACUGGUGACUAAACCAAAUCUAUAACGUGUUGGCUACUUGAACAACAAAUGCAACUUAUUGGUGAACCAUUAAUUUCCUUUUCAGCGAAGGCUGUGGUAAACGUCGUUACUUCAUAUCUGUGAACUCAGCACGCUCGGGUCGGUCCCAAUAAGUAGUCAGUCGACUUGGGGCGGUGUACGCGUUGAAUGGAGCCAUUCACCUACGGUUAACAUGCAGAAGGGGAGAAUCUAUGGUCCGUUAAUCUUGCCAGUGAACUGAGUAGUGCACUAUGACUGUAGACUGGUAUGAAAUAUACUGCUUAACAUGACCAACAAUAAUAAACUAACUCAAUAAUGUGUCGCUUGCUAUUGUCGGAGUUGGUGAAUAUUUCCGAAGUGAGUUAAUACAUAUCGUGUCCCAAAUGCCGACUAGAAGGGGAGGCAUACACCUCCGACUUUCGAGCACAGCUAAAGACACGUCGGGAAAGUACGCGGGCGCUGCCUACCCACAAUGGAUGAGAAUUCUUGAAGAUAAGUAUCAGAAGCUACACCAAAAGAUUGCCCUUGCCAGUCGUCUGAACAGCGUUCGAAGUCAGGGCAAUACCCGGACUGUCAGAGAUGGUGCCACGUCUAGAAGAACAAGUGCCAAGUUUUCAUCGAACAUUGAUAUCACCGAUUCGGACGAGUAUAACAGAAACAAUGCAACUGUGUGUGCGAAGAACAAGGUAGCUGGCGGUGCCACGCCUGCUGUCGAAAAGAAUUUUGCCAAAUCGGAAAUGAUCACUGUUACAGUAGAUUCUAAUUUUGUGAAAAAUGGUUCUAAAUUUCAAAAAGAGUUAAAGGGUGUUUCUAAAUGUCCAAAAGAGUCAAAUAACAGUUUUAUGUUUCAAGAGGAAUUAAAAGCUAGUUCUAAGUUUCAAGACGAGUUAACUGAUGGUUCUAGAUUUCAAAAGAAACCCAAGGAUUGUUCUACAUUUCGGAUCCUAACUACAUCUUUAAGCGAGGGCAACGAAACGACGAGUUCUACAACUGGUACAAGAAUGUCCAGGUUCAAUAAAAAGGAUAACCUGGAACGCAGGGUGCUCUCCCGUUACCCACCUAACAGGUUCAACGUGGACGUCAACACGGCGCACAGCAAGGAGAGUCACUACACGUCUAGGUCGUGCCCGGCUAUCAUUCAAACCCUCAAGCAAAUGGGGGCCCCUCCGCGUGGAGCGCUCACGGGAAAUUAUCAUAGGGGCCCGCUAGCACUGAAAUCCUUGAACAUGUUUUCAAAGAUGUCCUCCGAGGCACAGCAUGCCGUGUCAGAAACAUUGAUAGAAAUGGGUGCAGAACGGUCAAAUAGCAUCACCACAGACACCUCGUCCGCUGUGGACCUCAGUGAUGUGAUAAAGGUAAGCGGGACGCCAAAGGAACGGCCAUUCACCAACAUAAACAGCAGGUUUCUUCACACUCUCGCUCAACGCAGAAAGGGACUGGGAACUGGUACAAUUCGCAGGGAACGUCAAUGCCACCAUGUGGCGUCUAACGCCUCCACGCAUAGCUCCAACUCCACGGAAUUCUCGCAUCGCACGCGCUUACCUCAGCUAAGCAAGCCGAAUACCUUGCAACUUCCGGCUUCCAGGGUGUGCUGCAUUGAGAACAUCACUGCAACCCGGCUGAGGAUACCUCCUCUGUGUAAAUACGACGUGGCAGUGUUUCGGGAAUCCACGUUUCAGAUAACGCUUCCAGACUUUGAUAUCCGAUAUAGAGAUGUCCUAACGAGUGAACGCUGCGAUUCCGAAACUCCCCCGUUGGAGAUCAGGGAGGAGGCUAUUAAAAAAUGUCAAGAGUGGUUGACAAAAUAUACAAACAGAUAAUACGACUGUUCAUGAUUCGAGUGGUACUAUUUUCGGCCGUCUCGGUAGCGUCUGCACCGUGUGUAUAAAAGAAAACUGGGAAAAGUAUAUUGUGAUUCAAGCUAGUCUUAUAACACUGUGAUAUUUUCAUGCUUAUUAUUCAUUUGUAAUAUAUGUUUUGAUUUUUUAAAUUAUUAUUUUAAUUAGAGGAGUUCUUACCUCUCGGGUAUCUAUUUAUUAUACCUGAACAAAUACAUAUGUUCAAUAAGUGGAAUUUAUCCAUGGAAUGUAUGUGGAAUUUACGCGCAAUUUGAUGAAGAAAUUCUUUAAAUGCUAAUACUCAAAUUCGUUAUACAUUUUGUUUCAAUAACAAAAUUGGUAACGUAUUUGGGGAGGAAGAAAAAAGUAUGUUUAUUAUUUAUUUGUUUAUUAUUAUUAUUUUACUGCAAUUAAAUAAGAGUACUGGUGUAACAGCAUAUAAGAAUUUGCAAUCUCAGACUGUUGAAUUUAAAACAAAUAAAAUAAAUAAAUUAUAUUUAGUUUUCUAUCCAUACUGUUAUCGCAAUGUUAUAUAAUGUAGGAUCAUAAAAACAUUUGUUUCUCCUUUUUUUCAUAUUAAGGUACAUGUACGUAUACUAUGAUAAUAACUGCAGUCUUAUGAUGUUUUGAAUAAAACGUAUAUUCUUGUGUUGUGAAUUCCACAACAACUCUCAUAGCAAUUCUAUGACGUCCAUGUUGUUACCAUUUUAUGAGUAACAAAAGUAUGAAUACUAACGGGACAAUUUUCAUUGUUUUGAACGGCAAUAAAUAUUUUAAAGGAAACAUGUUACGUACCACUAUUGUACAGGCACGGCGGAGCGGAAGUGGGGGGGGGGGCGCAAGAGGGUUUGGGGGGCUCUAGCCACUCCCAAUAAUUCUGAAUAAAAAAUAUUGUUAGUAAAUCUUAAGGCAGAAAUGAAUUUUACUUGUAGAAUACAAGAAUUUGCAUUUCAGGACAUCUAGUUUUCAAACUUUUACGGAGGCCCUACCCAUGAACCCCUUAGAAACUUUGCUUUGCGCCCUCGAUGUCAGUCAUACACCCACCCCCCUCCCCAUGUCUACUUGCUUCAACCGUGCCUGUUAUAGUUCCUGUUUGAAGCAAAAUGAUAUGAAACAAAUAUGAGAAUACGUUAAAACCACUAAAAUAUGUGUAUUUCUUUAUAAACAUACUUAGUAACUAAUUUUCUUAACCCGUUGGUGAGAACAUCAUGUGUUAUUUUUUAUAACAAUUUCAAAACAUACGACUGGCUGCUCCUAGGUGAUGAUCAGGUCAUCAGUAAAAAACAACACGAUGGAAAUCGAUUACACUGUGACGUAUAGUUAACCUGAUAAUCAUGUGUCUGUGACGCGUAAGUUAGCUACUAGUACAACGGCUGUAAAUAACAAAAAACAAACAAACAUGUUUAUCUGCAUGUAAACAACGGAAAAUAAAUUGUAUGAAUUGUAAUUGUGUCACUACUGUUGUGAAUUCUGUUACACCAGUGUAACCGAGGGCUACAUGUACGGGUACCAGCAUGAUGAAUUAGCAUGUACAAUGAAAAUAAAAAGACAAGAAGGCAAGAGA